UCACAUUCUUUUUCUUAAAAGAGAAGAGACAAAGUGAGAAAUAACCAUAUACACCACUUCACAAAUCACAACACACACAUUCACAUACAUUCACACACAAACACUAGAAUCUAUACAACAACAAAACAUAUCACAAAAUCCAUAACUUCAACUCGCCGGAACUAGCGACGGAGACGGCGGCGCCACCGCCGGAAAAUGGGCAUUUUCUUGGUUUUCUUCCCGGAAGAAAAACAACUAAAUUCACCAACAAUAAACUCAAUACUCAAACGCACAAACUCAAGCCACAUAUCAACAAAAACACAAUCCACAAUUUCCAUUUGUGCCCUUUUGAUCUUCUUAACUUUCCUUUUAUUCACACUCUCAUCUUUUGAACCAAACAACAAUGAUUUCAUGACGUCAUCACACCGACGCUUUCUCACACAAACACACCGUCAUUUUCACACACAAACACCGCCCAUAAUGAACUCAUAUUCUCAACAACAUGCAUUACAAGGCCUAGGCACACUAUACGCACGUGGCACAACGGCAAUGAACGAGCUUGUUAUAUGUCACGUGACUAGUCACGUGACCAAGAAAGAGCUUAAGUUGUUCAUGAAAGCUUUCCAUCGUUCUGGGUUACCUUCAAAAUCGGAUCUUUUGUUCAUAUUUGAUUCGGGUUCGAGUGUCGGUGAGCUAGAUGAUGUGAUUCGUGAAGAAAAUGAUAUUUUUUUGAAACUUGUUGACUUGUAUAAGCAAGAAUUGGGCAAUGGGAGUAAAGCUUUUGACUUUCCGGUCAGUUUUGACCUGGCCCGGUUUGUGAAACCCGGGUCGGAUCCUGAUAAAGGUGAACCCAUUUGGGGUCGGAGAGUUAGAACCAAUAACUCGACUUUUGGUAUUGGUAAUGGCGAGUCUAAAAAGACUGGUUUUGACUCGUCUCAAGCUGGAAAAUCCGGGUCGGAUCCGGGUCAGGGGGUUAAGACAAAUAAUUCAAGUAUUGGGUUUAGCGAGAAUGGAACUGAGUCGACUCGGACGAGUCAUGGGUCGGUGGUGGGUUUUGGGGUGGGCGAGUUAGACCCAGAAAAUGCUUUAUCCGGGUUCGUGGAAAAUGCUCGAAUGAGUUUAAGAAGAUGGGCUACUUACCCGAUGAUUUUGGGCCGGGUUCGUAGAAAAUUCAAGAAGAUAAUUCUAGUUGAUGCUAAAGAGGUUUUACUAUUAGGUGACCCAUUCGGGCGAGUGAAAAACCAUUCGCCCGAAUCAAUUUUCUUGUUUCGGAAGAACAAGAAGGGUCACAAAAAAGCGGUCAACCCCGUUGUGAUACUCGGUGGAGAACGCGGGGUGCGGCGAUUAUCCGCCGCAAUGUUGACCGAGAUAGUGCGGUCAACUACACAUCAACACCGCAACAAAAAGGGCUCGCUGACCGAGUCGGGCCUGUUGAGUCAACUCAUUGGAAAUGAGUUUCUGGCGAAAAGUAUACGUUUUGUAACAAGUGAGUUGACAAUACCGGAACCGAGUUCACUCAGUGGAGUGGAAAUAACAAAUCAGACAGUUGUACUAAGGCGUGGAAAUAGUAAUUUAGAUAUCGGUGAAGUUAUUAUGAAGCAUAUUUGUUCAUUUUCAAUAGAUUCAUCGGUUUACACGGAAUGUUGACCGUCAAAGGUACAAGUAAUGCGUAAGGUACUUGUUAUUAGUUUUUGUGAAUGUUUCCACUACUUGUAGAAUGGUGUUGGAGUUACUUGUACAUUUUGCAGUUAAUAUUUAUAUACAUUCAUUUAAAUUUUAAUUUAA